AUGAACGAAUUCGAGCGUCAGCGCGAGGCGCGCAUCGCGCGCAAUAAAUCUAUCCUCGAGCGUCUGAUCGCGUCAAAUCCCGCGCACGCCGCGCUCCACGCCGAGCGCCCGACGCCGGCAAAGCCUCGCGGCCCUCGUCCCAAGCAACCCACAAACGAGGCUGAUUUACGUCGCUCAGGGCGCGUCCGUCGGCUCCCAGCCCCGGUUUACACGACCUUCGACGUCAACGAUGAUCUCGGCGACGGUGUUUCGGCGCGCAAGCGCGCGAAGAUGACGCAAACGUCCUCGAGUGCGACGACGAAGAAAUAUUUCUCUUCGAGCAAACGCGAGGCGCCGAGCGCGAACUCCCUGCGUGCGUUGAACGCAAAUCUCUGGGAUGUGUACGCAAAUUAUCUAGGUGAACCGAUCCAUCCACCUGAGAGCGACCGGGGGGCGUUGAAGGCGGCGGUAGUUCACGCGUUGAGUCCGGUGAGCAAUCCAAAAUUUUCCAAGAUGAGUGGAAUACAAGAAUGGAAAAAUUGCGUCGCGCUAUACGUGAACGUCGGAGACAAGCACGGAAACGCGUAUGAUAACGUCUUCACUCGCGCGGGGUCGCGAAUCACGUGGUUCGCGCAACCGAGACAAGAUGAGGAUUCACCCGUCAUCAAGUCGAUUAUGAAGACGUCGACGCUAGAAGAGGAGAGCGUGGAAGACGCCAUGACACGCGCAGAGAACGGCGAAGAAGCGGCACCAAAAUACGUAGACUGGCCUUUACAUCUUUUUUGUCGCAUGGAAGGGUGCGAGUACGUCUAUUGCGGUAGGUUGAAGAUGGUGGAUGUCGACACGAAGAAGCGUCCCAUGAAAUUUACGAUGAGACUCGUCGACGCGCCGCUACUGAGAGGAAGCGAACACUUCUUAGGUUUGGUCGAUCUCGCAGACGCCGACGCGACCUCUUCCUAG